GCUCUAGCCCGUGGCAAGUGUAUUCGACAGAAAGAGCGAAGCGGCGACAGCGAGCACGUCAAAAGCUCUUGAACCCCCCCAAACGCCCCGUGCGUGAGUCAUAGGAUGUAAAUUGUGUACAUAAUUUAUUUGUAUUCUAAUAUGAGUGAACACGUGUACGUUUGAGUCUCCGUACCGACGGACCGGAGGACAAUACCUCAAAGCAAAGGCUGGCAGCAUCUGAACCUGGAGCACGUACAUCGACUCGCGCGCACACCAAGGAUCCACUCGAGUGGGGAUUUUCAAAGCGACUGUACCACCAGAAGCCUAUAAAACAGACCAGACCAAACACGGGUUUGCUAUAUAUUUGGUAGCAGUGUAAAAUAGAUAGUGUAAAAAAUAAUUGUGUACGGAAGACCGUUUGUACGUUGCGUGGCUAUAACGCUUCAACGGCGCUUAUCUAACGAAAUGAUGUGUAGGUCUUGGUGAGUUCGCCAUCUGGGCUGACCUGCUCGUUUGAUAAAUAACCGACAAGAUGUUACAUUUGGGGUUUACCUGAAGACACUUUUUUACAAGGAAGCCAGGAGCAGGGAGCUGUUCCCUCUCUCUGGUUGGCUGUCUGCUGCGUGUGCACAUGAGAAGUACUGAAUGAGGUCAGGUUUAUUUCAGUUGGUCGUGAGUACACCUGCUGGAGGGCGUAGGUGGGACAUGGAGAGAGGGAAAGUGAGGAUACAACUUCAUCUUUAGUUCACCAUCUCAAACUGAACAGCUGAUUUUCAAGGCGCGACUGACAGCGAACGAGGGGAGCCACAGGGGGGGGGGGGGGGGAGACUCGGAGGGACCUGAGGCGCCAGAGGAAAUGCCAGGCCCUCUGACAGGGGUCAGAGGGUAACCACGGACACAGAGAGAGACGGGGACUGGCCGAGGAUCCGAGGUUUGGAGGCGGAGACCGAGGACUAAGGGAGGGUAGGCGGGAGCUGGGACCGCCGUUUCCCAUGGCGACCGACCCCGGCGAGCCCACCGGCACAGAGGACUCCUCGGAGAAACCGGAUGGACGGAGGAGGGGCGAGGGGGCGGCGGAGGAGGCGGGGGAGCGGGCGGUGGGGGGCGGCGGCUCCGGACGGGAGAGGACGCGCAGCACCCCCUCCGACUUCCCCACCUACAACACCAAGGAGCGGCGGGACGAGGGCGGAGCGGCGGGCGGCCGCGAGCGCGAGGGGGAGACCCCGGUCCGACCGGCGUCCUACUCCAACCCUUCCUCCCCGGCGCUGGCGGCGGGCGGCGGCAGGCUGAGGCGGGAGAAGCGCUUCUUCAGGAAGAGCGUGGAGAUCUGCGAGGAGGAGGACGAGGUGGACGAGCCCCCGCCUGCUCCUCACAGCGCCCCCCCCCUGGAGCAGCGCUCCUCAGACUCAGUCUUCGCCGGCAGUGGCGGCGGCGGCGGCGGCGGCGUUCAGCAGGGUGAGCCGAGCGCCGUGUCGGCCAGCGCCAUCCUGGGGCAGGAGUCCGGGGCCCCCGUCUCCACGCAGGAGGCCGAGAAGGACUCGCCCGCCUCGGUCGCUCUGCAGAACAGGGAGCGAGCACGGGAGCUGGAGGAGGAGGCGGAGAUGAAGGCCGUGGCCACGUCUCCCGGAGGCCGCUUCCUCAAGUUUGACAUUGAACUGGGCAGAGGAGCCUUUAAAACGGUCUACAAAGGCCUGGACACUGAGACCUGGGUGGAGGUGGCCUGGUGUGAGCUUCAGGACCGUAAGCUAACCAAAGCAGAGCAGCAGCGCUUCAAGGAGGAGGCUGAGAUGCUGAAGGGGCUCCAGCACCCCAACAUCGUGCGCUUCUACGACUCCUGGGAGUCUGCGCUUCGGGGCAAGAAGUGCAUCGUCCUGGUUACCGAGCUCAUGACCUCCGGAACCCUUAAAACUUACCUUAAACGCUUCAAGGUGAUGAAGCCCAAAGUCCUUCGGAGCUGGUGCAGGCAGAUCCUAAAAGGCCUUCACUUCCUCCACACCCGAACCCCUCCUAUCGUCCACCGGGACCUCAAGUGUGAUAACAUCUUCAUCACGGGGCCCACGGGCUCCGUGAAGAUAGGAGACCUGGGACUAGCUACUCUAAUGAGAACCUCCUUCGCCAAGAGUGUCAUAGGAACCCCAGAGUUCAUGGCACCGGAGAUGUACGAAGAGCACUACGAUGAGUCGGUGGACGUCUAUGCUUUCGGCAUGUGCAUGCUGGAGAUGGCCACCUCCGAGUACCCGUACUCGGAGUGUCAGAACGCAGCACAGAUCUAUCGCAAAGUCACAAGCGGCAUAAAACCGGCCAGCUUUGAUAAAGUCAACGACCCGGAGAUUAAAGAGAUCAUCGAGUGCUGCAUCCGUCAGAACAAAAGCCAGAGACUGUCCGUCCGCGAUCUCCUGAACCACGCGUUCUUCGGGGAGGACACGGGGGUGCGGGUGGAGCUGGCAGAGGAGGACACGGGCAGCCAGGACUGUCUGGCCCUUCGGAUUUGGGUGGAGGAUCCCAAGAAACUGAAGGGCAAGCAUAAGGAUAACGAGGCCAUCGAGUUCAGCUACGACCUGGAGAACGACAGCGCGGAGGAGGUGGCCAUGGAGAUGGUGAAGUCAGGCUUCUUCCACGAGAGCGAUGCCAAGGUGGUGGGCAAGUCCAUCCGGGACCGGGUCACACUGAUCAAGAAGUCUCGGGAGCGCCGUGUGCAGCAGCAGCAGUUACUCCAGCAGCAGCAGCAACAGCAGCAGCAGCAGCAGGACCUGGAGGAGCGGAGAGACUCUGGUAUUCAACCUUUCACCUGCUCCCACCCCUCCUGCCCCUCCUCCCUGGGACCCGCAGCAGCCGGCCAGGUGGCCCCUAGAGGUGGCGGAGUAGCAGGGCAGGAGCCGGAGGAAGCAUUAGAGGCGGAGCAGCGCGCCAGGCAGCAGCAUGUUCUCAGUGGGGCCUCGGCUCUCGGCCUGCCAGGUGAAACCAUUGGAUCAGCCAGUUGUGAAUCAUAUGCAAGUGACCAGAGCCAUGUCUACUCCCAUCAAGGAGAGUCCUACGCCCACUCCCACCCUAGCUACGCCUCCACUGCUUCCAGUACUGGGAUGACUUCUCAUCCCGGAAUGCUCCCCAUUGGUCAGAGUGGAGGUGUUCCAAAUGUGCCUAUUGGUCAGAGCGGUGGCAUCUCCGGCCUGUCCAUUGGCCAGAGUGGAGGGGCAUCUCUUGGCCAGACAUUUAUUCAACCUGCAAGCAUGGCAACACAGGUCUUACCCAGUGUAACGCAACAAUACUCUCAGCCAUACAUUUCAGAUGGGUCCCAGAUUGCCAAUUCCAAUGCAUUGGCCCCCUCCCAGUCAUAUAUGCCCCCCAUCUCGCAACAAGCGCCCCUUAAUAUGCUGGCUACCUCCCUCUCGGCUGGUGAUCCUACUGGACUAGCAGGGGGCAUGGUGCCCCUCGCUCAGCAGACCCAGCCCACUGCCACUCCUAUGCAGCCCCCUGACAUCAUCCCUCAGGCAGCACAACAGCAAGCGCAGCCUGUCAUGAUCUCUCAGCCGGCCAUUGUCCAACAACAACAGACAGGGAUGGAGCCACACACCACCAGCGUACAGCAGCAACACCAAAUGGAGGUCCAUGCCGCUCUGCUUCAACAGAAGCAUGCUAGCGCUGCUCAGCAGCCUCAGCUAGCCACUGAAACGCUGAUGGCUGACCAGCGGCAGCAGAGCCUUUCCACCACGGCCACCCAUCAACAUCCACCUGAGCUUCAGCAGCACAUGUACGUACAGCAAGCCAUACCUCCGCAAACCCCUCAACAGACAGUUUUGGCAACACAGCCAGGCAUGGAACAACAGCGGCAACAGGUGUUGUCAUUUACCCAGCCGGCAGAGCUGCUUCACAUGGAUCAACAUGGACAGACCCUGCUACAACAGCAACAGCAACAACAGCUUCAACAACAGCAACAACAACAACAUCAACAACAGCUUCAACAACAACAGCUUCAACAACAGAAUAAUCAACAACACAUACAGCAUCAACAACAACAACACCCACAACAGUACCAACAACAGCAUCAACUGCAGAACCAACAACAGCAGCAACUACAGCAACAACUACAGCACCAACAGCAGAACCAACAACAACCGCAACUACAGCAACAACCACAGCAUCAACAGCAACAACCACAGCAUCAACAACAGCAACAGCUUCAAUCACAGCAGCAGCAACAACAACAGCAACAACUACAACAGCAGCUUCAACAAAAACAAAAUCAUCAACAACAACUGCUACAACACCUUCAACAACAGCAAACCAUUUCAAUGCAGCAACAGAUACCGCAGCAACAGCAAGUGGAAUUUCAACAACAACAGCAACAACAACAGAACCAACACCAAGCUUUACUACUGGAGCAACAUGCAUGCAUCCAACAGCAACAUCAAGCCCAACAACAACAAGCCCAACAACAACAGCAACAACAAGCCCAACAACAACAGCAACAACAAGCCCAACAACAACAAGCCCAACAACAACAGCAACAACAAGCCCAACAGCAACCAUCCCAACAACAGCAACAACAAGCCCAACAGCAACCAUCCCAACAACAGCAACAACAAGCCCAACAACAACAACAACAACAAAAGCAACAACAGCAACAACAGCAACAACAACAGUUGGAGCAGCAACAAGUACUUAUUCAAAAACAAUUACUGGAGCAACAGCAGGCCCUUCUGCACCAGCGGCAGCAAGAGCAGCAGCCCAAACAAUCGUUGCUACCGCAACAACAAUCCUUGCUGCAGCAGCAACCACAAGAUCAGCAACAGCAAGCCAUCUUACAACAACAGCUGGAGCAACAUCAACAGCAAGUGAUUUUACAGCAACAACAACUACAUCUUGAGCAGAAGCAGUCAAACCAAUUACAGCCGCAGCUUGACCAAUCCCAUCCGCAUGUUCUAAUGCAAACCCCUCAGCCUCAGUUGCAUCCUCUGAAUGAGCAACAGCAGCAGAGCCAGAUGCAACAGCAAGUGGAACAACAGCAUCAGCAAGCUCUACUGCAGCAACACCUGCAGCAGCAAGUUAUUCUGCAACAACAGCAUGCUCUCCUGCAGCAGCAACGCUUGGAUCAACAACAAGCACAGCUCAAGCAUCAGCUGGAAACACAGCAGCAGCAGGCUUUGUUACAACAGCAGCUAGAGAAACAACACCAACAAGCCCUGUUGAAACAACAGCAACAACAACAACAACAACCACAGCAACCACAAGCAGAGCCACUGCAACGGAAUCAGCAGAAUCAGAUUCAAGAGCAACCUCAGCAACAGACUACCAUUCAACAACUAGAGGCCGUCUCUCUCGAGCAACAGAGGGAGCAGCAGACUUUGAUUCAACAGCCAUUGACCGGCGUCCAGCAGGUGUGCCUCCCUCAGCAGAGUGUCCCUCAGUUCUCAGGGCCGAGCACAGGUCUCACCCAGGUGCAACAGCAGGCUGCACACGUACAGCAGCAGCAGAACGCCUACAUGGCACAGCAGCACGCUAGCUCUGCAGCGGAGCCCAUCGACUCUCAGGCAGCCGUCAUGGAGGGCACCCUGCACCAAACUCAAAUGAUACCGCAGGCCCAUCCGACACCUGUCCAGGCCACGAAACACCCCGCUCAGUCACUCGCUGCUGUGAUGCAAGCUCAAGUCCCGGCCCAGCAGCGACAGAGUGACCUCCUGCCCAAUAGCAUAGCCCAGGUCCCAGUCCAGUUCCAGACCAUGGCCGCCCACCCGGCACCGCAGCCUCGAUCAAUGAUGGAAGCCCCAGUCCCUCUUCAGGUGGUGACUUCCAUCCAGGGCCAGCCGCCAUCGGCCCAGACUCAGCAACUUCACUUGCAGGCCACACUUCCGAUGGCUGCCACAAUGACGCCGGGCGAGGCGGCGGCUCAGCCUUUAAUCCGCCUACAGCCCCUGCAUCCGGUGAUGCAGAGUCAGCCUCAGCCACCACAAGGCCAAAUACCAACUGACGCAACCAUGAUGGCUCAGCAGAACCAAGCCCCCAUUCAGUCCCCGCCGGCUGUUGCCAUGGCUCCCUGUCAGGUUCAACCUAACAUACCAGCACAACAGACUGGCCAAAUUUCAGGAAUGUUACAGGCCCAGCUGCAGCCAUCUGGCCAGGUGCAGGUUCAGGCUCCCACCGGCAUUUUGGCGCCCCAGUAUAAUCAAGCCCUUCAGGCAGCGAUGCCCUCAAUACACCAGGACAUCGUUCCACAACAGCAGCAGCCCUCUGUACUGCAGCAUCAGCAGAUGAUUCUGUCUCCUGGCGCCAUUGGAAGUGUUGGAGCAGGCAUGGCUGUCAGUUGCUCCAUGGUCGACCCCAUAUCCUUUACAUCUGCUCUUCCUCCUGUACAGCAGACGGGGCAAGCAUACGUUGCUAGUCAAACAAUUCAACAGCCAGCGGUUCAGAGCCAGCAGCAGUUGACGGGAAAUAUAGCCGUGUCUUCCGUCACCCACUCUUUACCCCAGCCGGCAACUAUUCAACCUACUGGGCAGUACCAACAACCACUGCAGACGCUACCACAAAUGCAAAAUCAGCAACAACAAAUGCAGCAACAGCAACAAAUGCAACAGCAACAACAAAUGCAACAACAACAAAUGCAACAGCAACAAAUGCAUCAGCAACAGAUGCAACAGCAACCAAUGCAACAGCAACCAAUGCAACAACAGCAGCAGCCACAACCGCCACUUCCAUUUCACCAGACGCACCAGGCCCUUCUCGGUCCAGCCUCCAUACAGCAACCGCUCCUCCUUCAGCAGCAAGCCCUGGAUCCGAGUCAGCUGCCCCCACAGCCUCACGCGGCUCCCCAGCUGCUAACCCAGUACUCUGCCCAGAUCAUCUCAAAGGGCCCAGCCCAGCCGCAGUCCCCGCCCCAGGCGCUCCCGCUGUACAGUCAGAUCGUCGCAGGGCAACCCCCGUCGUCCGUGCAGAGGACGCUGCCCGCCGACACACAAACCCAGACCGGCAUGCAGGCCCAGGCUCAGACGCACACACAGACGCACGUCCAGACACAGGCCCACCCUCACGCACAGAUCCAACCGGCCAACCCCUCUUUCGUGGCAGAGCAGGCUGCUCUUCCCCAUGCCGCCUUUCCCCUCCAACAGAUGCCCCCCAGUCCCACUCAUACCUCCUACCCGCCAGCAUCGCUAGCCACCCUCUCCCAGCUGCCCUCCCUCCACGCUCUGGCUGGCCAAGUUCCUCCAGAGCUCACCUCGCCCCCACCAGGGGGGCCGAGCACCUUACCCGGAUGGGCUGACGUCCCCACCUCCCCUCCUCCUGUCGCACCUGUCCAGUUGCUUGACUCUAAUGUCCCCUUGCUGUCCCAAACCUCGCUGCAAGACUGUGACCCUCCUCCAUUGCUGGGCAUAGCUCAGGAAAGUCCCCAUCUAUCAGGCACAGAAUACCACUCUUCAACAGGAUCUGCUCCACCGAACGGAGAAGAGAUGCUGCAGCUCCUGGCCAAUGGGAAGCUCGAAAAACUCAAGUCUCAAAGGCGAUCUUCUGGCCAGAAGCCUGAGAAAUGCUCCCUCCAGUUUCAGCUGAGCAUGCUGCAGGUUUCCAGCAGUGGUGACAAUAUGGUUGAAUGCCAGUUGGAGACCCAUAGCAACAAGAUGGUGACAUACAAGUUUGACAUUGAAGGGGAUGCACCCGAGGACAUUGCGGAUUAUAUGGUGGAGGAAGACUUUGUCCUUGAAUCUGAGAAAGAGAAGUUUGUGGAGCAGUUGAGGGCCAUAGUUAAGAAAGCCCAGGAAAUUCUUCAAACAAAGUCACAGACGGGAUCUUUUGAGCAUCAAUCGAGCACUCCCACUGGUUCUGCAGAUUCAGUUCCCCAGUCCUCCCCAGUGGGGCGUUGGCGCUUCUUUAUCAACCAGACCAUUCGCCACAGAGACUCAAACCAGGGAGCCAUCACACCGCCCCCUACUGGAGAGAUACGAUUACCUCAGUCCCCAGAGAAAGAGUUUGAAAGAUCUCAGAGGUCAGAGCCUUCCAUCGCAAUGGUCUCUCCCUCCUCCCCCGCCCAUUACGCUGCUUCCCCCCCCACCUCCGCUGCCUCCGCCCCGGCCUCCAUGUCCGCCCCCCCCACCGCCGCCGCUGUUCACGCUGCCACCACUCCCACCUCGGACAGCAUCUCCGCCCCGGCUUCUACCCUAACCAGCCUGGCCGCAGCGCCUUCGGCCCCUUCUGCACCCCCGACCGGUCUGGAGCUACUGGUCCUCACCUCGGUCGCCGGCCCUUCCUCCUCACCGUUACCGUCUUCCGCGUCCAACCUGAAAGCCGCCGCCGCUGUGCCCGCCUCCUCCGCUGCCCCCGUCCCCGACGUCCUCUCACCUCACGGCUCUAGCGGAAGCUCCGUUCCAGCUGCAAACUACGGGGAGACGGGACUGGCGGCCCCGGGCCAGCACGCGUCCGGAGGAGAUCACUCCACCUCGGUUGACCCUCGUCCUCUUCCCCCCGUUCUCGCCGCCGCUGCGGUCACCUCCCCCCCAGUCAGCCAGGUGAUGCAGGAGCAGCACCAGCAGCAGCAGCAGAUGUUGGCGCAGAUGGCCCAGCCAGCGCCGCCCAAAACCCAGCCGCAGCCGCCGACGCACCUUGCCCUGCAUCAGGUGCCGCAGCAGAUACUGCAGCAGGUGUCGCCGGCGCCGACGACGCCGCAGCUUCAAGGCUUACAACGCCAAGCCCUGCAGCUUCAGCAGCUACCAAUGGUGCCGCAGAUGCAGCAGGUCUUACCGCCACAACCGCAGCCAAUACAACAGCAGAUCUACCAAGAGCAAUUCAAAAUACCACAGGAGCAAAUACUGCAGCAGUCUUUCCAGGUGUUACAAUUACAACAACCCCCGUUACAGCAGCAACAUCCCAGCCAGACUGAGCCAGUGGUGCAGCAGCCAGUCAACCCUCAAAUUGCUCAAAUGCCGCCAGCGGAAUUGCACUCGGCGGCGCAGCAUGUGACUGGUCAACAGCAAACUCCACAGUACAGCACGCAGGUGCUACAGCAGCCCGCAGUGCAGCAGCUACCAUCUACCCCAGUGGCAGCAGUGUCUCUGCAGCAGGCCCAGGCCGACCCCCUGCAGCAACACCUAGCGCUGCAGCAGACAAUGCAGCUGCAGCAACAGCAAAGGCUCCAACAACAGCAACAGUUGCUGAUGUACGCUGCCUCAGUGCAGCCCGACCCGGUGCAGACACUUCCCCAGUCGGUCAGUCAGCAGUUUGUCCCGCAGCAGAGGGCGCAGCCUUCCAAUGCCAGCUACGUCCAGCCAAACACGCUUCCACCACCGCCAACAGCGCAGGUCCCCGUGGAGCAGCUGCAGCAGCCCCUGCAGCCACAGCAGCCGGUCCACAUGCAGCAUGAGUCAGUGAAGGCCGGGGACCCGCCCCAGCAGGAGGACCCCCUGCCCAAGCAGCCCUUGUCGCAGCAGUCAGAGUCUGAACUCUCCGUGGGGGAGGCCGGAAUCACGGAGGAACCGGCGGGGAGCCUGGGCCACUUCCAGCCUGCCUCGGACUCCUCUCUGCCUCCUCUGGCUCCUCUGCCUCUGAGCACGACCGAAGCACCGCCCGCCUCCCUCUCCCUCACCCUCACACCCUCGCCCGCCCAGCCCUCCUCCGUGGUCGAGUCCGACAGCGAGGGUCCGCCCAAAAUGGAGUUUGUGGACAACCGCAUCAAGACGCUGGACGAGAAGCUGCGCAACCUGCUGUACCAGGAGCACAGUGGGGCGGCGGCACCGGGGGCAGGGGGCGGGGCUGUGGCCCCCAGCCCACCUCCAGUAUCUCAGACCGCAGCUUCCACCGCGUCCACUGGUGGGGACGAGACUUUGGAGCUCUCCACGUUCCAACCCCUGUCCGGUCACCUGCCAGGCUCCUCCUCAGACACCUCCCCUCAAUCCUCCUCCUCCACCAGCUCCACCUCCUCCUCCUCCUCGUCCACGACCUCCCGCUCCUCGUCCACCUCCCCAGAGCCCGAGGCGCAGAGGGCAGAGGAGGAGGUGGGUGCGUCGGAGCGGCCGCAGAUAGACCAAGCUCUGCCCUCUGGCUCUGGCUCUGGCUCUGGGUCAGGGUCUGCCGCCCCGCCACCCUCCUCCCUCCUGAUGCCCCAGCAGGAAGACUCUGUCGAGCCCCAGCGCCAACCUGUCCCCGGAGAACCUACUGUACUCGCUGUCUCCCCACACUCAGACACCAGUGCCCACGGAGAGGCGUCCGCGGCCCCAAAACAGCAAGCCAUCCCUCUGCGGCACGGACUGCAGCAGCAGCAGCAAAAUGCAGGAGGUGGAUAUUUUGGCCUAAACCUGACAUGUCCUAGUAUCAGAAAUCCUGUUAGCAAGAAAUCCUGGACUCGCAAAUUCAAAAGCUGGGCAUGCAAACUGCGCCACUCCGCCAGCUUGUUCAAGAAGCCCAGAGUCCAGCAAGAUGGGAAAGACGGUCAUCCGCUCACAGAGGUAAAGGAAGAUGUGCCACUCAAUCCGACAGUGUCCCGUAAAGGCCGAUUUCAGGUGACUCCAGUGCCUCAGCCUCCCGAACCCUCCCCUCCCAAGGAGCAGGCCCAAAGCCUGAGGAGCAGCCACAGGAAAGUGGGGCGCUUCUCAGUGACCCAGGCCGAGGCCGCCAAGAGAGAGGAGGCACACACGGACAGCUCCCCCGUCUCGCCCGACCUGGAGCGAGAGAGGAGGAAGGCCAGGGGGAAGGAGGGGGAGGAAGGGAAGAGGACACCUGCGCUGAGCCACCCGCCCCGAGGACACAGCCACGGACACUCCCCCCUGGGCAGCAGCGACGACGAGGAGAGUGAGAUGGAGGAUGAGGAGCUGAGGAAGGAGCUGCACCGGCUCCGAGAGAAGCACAUAAAGGAGGUGGUGUCGCUCCAGGCCCAGCAGAACAGAGAGCUGCAGGGUCUCUACCAGCAGCUGCGCUCCAUCAAAGAUCACAGGCACACCCUGCCUCUCCCGCUGCCGCGAACGCCCCCUCUUCCCAUGACGCCCACAUCCCUGUCUCCCCGCAGGCCCCGGCCAAACAAGGUCAAGCUCCGGCCCCGGCCUCAUUCUCACUUGGACAACAAUGGAGUCGCAUCCCCUGGGGUCCAGCAGUCAAGCAGUUACUCUGGUGGGGAACACAGCCGCUUGCCUCCGUACCGCCACCCUGAAAGCACCACCUCGCUAUCAGCCAAAAGAGAUCACAGCCCCCCUAGGAAGAGCACAUUUACAGACGAGCUGCACAAACUGGUGGACGAUUGGACAAAGGAGGCGGUGGGUCCCGCCCCUCCCAAGCCAUCGCUCAAUCAGAUCAAACAGAUCCAGCAGGGGCAGGAACUCUGGGGCCAACCGGCGGAGGUGGCUCCCCCCUGCUGGUUUCCAGUAGCACCUCUAAACCCCCAGUCAUCCCCAGCCCCGUCGAGCCUGCCCGGGGCUGCCCCGUCACACUACACAGGAGGAGGUGGAGGAGGAGGAGGAGGAGGAGGUGGAGUAGGAGGAGGAGGAGCAGGAGGAGCGUGCCGUACCUUGCGCUCCCCCGGGGCAACACCGCCUACACACCUGUCUCCAGUGCCCCAGCUGCAGCCCAGUGUGCACCUCCACCAGUCGCUCCAGCAGAUGUCCUAUCAGCAGCCCCCGCUCCGCCAGCAGCUCCCCCAGCCUCGGGUCCAGAGUCCCCUGCAGACCCAGUCUCAGCCAAUGCAGAGCCAAGCCCCGGCCAGCGCCACUCACCUGCCACCUCAAACCCAGCCACUGUUGCCUUCCCAGAAGCCCGCCUCGACCGUGCCCCCCUCUGCACCCACAGACAGCAGCACUGUGACCGGGGCCACGUUCUGCUCCUGCUCCUCCUCUUCCUCCUCCUCCUGUUGCUCCUCCUCCUCCUGCUCUACCGCUCCUCUGCCUUCCAGUGCCAAACUACACCCAGCGCCCCCCGCCACCCCCCUCCCCCUGGGACAGCCCUGAAGCCCCCGAGAGGGCUUUGGGCAAGGACUGGGUGACGGGGCCAGGGUUGAGACUUUUGAAGGGUAUUCUAAAGAUUGGAUAUGAAAUUGAGGAUGUGGAAGAGUGGAUGAGAGAAGGACGAGUGUUGAUGUAGUUAUGGUGGGAAGGGGGUGUGAAUGUGAAAGAUGGUUACUGUAUGUACACUACAGACAGGGCCACUGUGGCUGUGGAUUUAUGAAUAAUGUUGUGUUUGGCUGUUAAGUUGUAUAAAUUCUGCAAUGUGUGUGUGCAUUUGUGAGUGUGAGUGUGUUUGUGCUUCUAUGUAUGUACUGUACAAGGGCAUAACCCCCCACCCCCCCCGCCCCUUUGUAUUUGUGACACAAAUUAAUUAUCUUUCCUUUCAUACGGUUGAACCUGAACUCUAUUUGAAAGAGACAUGAAGGACACACAGGAUUUUAACAUCAAUGACUUUUUCGUUAUAUUUCUUUGUCAAAGUUAGGGCAAAACAACAAUUUUAAAAGUGCAAUUAGUAACUGUCUAAAUUGAUCAUUGUGCAUUUGAUUUAUUUGUCUGUAUGACAUAAAAUAUUUUCUAGAAGCAACUUAACAGAUGAGGAUUAAAGAACAGACCAUUAAAAUGAUGGAAUAAAGCACAAAGUGUUUCCAUGGGCCGAAAGCGUAAACACAGUUGCGUCGAAAGCAUGUUACACAGUAAAGCAUGGUCAUGUUAUCUGGCUACCAUCGCAACCAUGAUGCCAUCAGCGCACUGUUUUAAGUGUAGUGCAUGGACACGGCAUGUUAGCUUCUAAUACCUCGAAACAGCAAUGGGUUUGUAGCAGAUUUAAUUGAACGGAUUCACUGAUUGAUAGUCUGUGUCCUUCAUUUUAGUAUUAUUAGCGGGAUAUUGACAAGCUCAGAAGUUCUGCCAAGUCUUUGCUUCACAUUUUAUUGUUUGGGAGGACUUUAAAGUUCCUGCACUGCAUCCAUUACAUUACUACUUUGCAUGACCUUUUGGCUACCUUGAGUGGAUCUUUGCGCACCUACACUUUGAUUUAGGUAGUAUGCUCACUACUAAUUAAUUCAUACAUGUUUAUGAGGUGGGGCACGAAAGAGAAAAAAACUGCCAAAUGAUUAUUAAAUGGAAAAAACAUGAUUUCUUUCCGAUAUUGCCUUUUAAAUUGACUACAUUAUUGUGUGAGAAUGUGUAUUUUUUUCUGUGUGGCAAAGCUUUGUUACCGUUGCACUGCGUCAUAAAUGGCACCCAUUUUGCUUUUAUUCGGAGCGGCCUGUACGCAAUGUACGCAAGACCGGUGAGGACUUUUACACCUGUAAAGUUUGACAUUUUACAACUGUAAAGUUUAAAACUUUGUUGAACGUGGUAUUAUUAUUUUAAUGGUGAACUAUUUUGUCUAUGAUCAUAAGCUUUUUCACUGUGAAUGACUAUAAACUAGACUGGACCACGAAAGUGCAAUCAUGCACAGUACCCUAACUUGAUCAAGAAGUGAACAUAUUUCUGAAUUAACGUCAAUGAAAAAACAGGGACAUAGGCCUACAUAAUAAUAUAGCCAACUGAUGUUCUAUUUGACUUUCAGCGUUAAAGCUAAAUAAUGUAUUGGCUAUUGAUGGUCAAUCAUUGAUACAUUUACUUGGUAUAAUGUAUAUAUAAUGGAGUAGUAUAUACAUUUCUGUAUUUAUUGAAAAUAUCAAUAGAGAUAUUCUGUUCUACAGCAAUGAGUAGAUUAGGAUACAAAGGAGUCAAAAACAUCCUACAAAUUUGUAAUUGGGAAAAGCAGUUUGUACAAGAGUUUAUGGUUCAAUUUGCAUCACCUUUGCAGUAGUAUUACCUGCAAUUUAACGUAUGGCUUCUAGUAUUCAUGUUGUUUUUGAUACAACUCACAUUUUCCACAGAAAUGUAGUUCAUUAUUUAUGUUGGAUACUAACCUGUUGACUACUGCUACAGCUUUGACGAUGAUUCAUGAAUAAAAUGGAACUUGCCAGGUCCUUGGAAGUGUUACCAAAAUGUUA